CCGGUGUUUUGUAACCAGUUUUCGUUUUUAUCUUGUAUAAUUUGUUUUCUAAAGAUAAUUUUUAAAUUUCUCUAAACAUGUCUCUAAUUUUGAGAGGAGCUGCUCGCCUAGUUCGACCCCUAGUAUCAGGCUCAUAUUCCUGUCCAAGUCGUCACUAUGCCGUUGAGGCAGAUUCUGUUGGAGAUGGCAAUGAAGUUCUUGUGGAGCGUUUGGAGGGUUCACAGAAGGGGAUUACGGUGCUUGGACUUAAUCGACCGGCCGCCAAAAACUCAUUUAGUCGCGGGAUGGUCGAGACCUUUGGUGACAUCCUGGAGGAUAUUAAGCGAGAUAAUGGUUCUAGAGUUGUGGUACUGAGAAGUCUUAGUCCAGGAAUAUUUUGUGCAGGUGCCGAUUUGAAGGAACGUAAAGGCAUGACCACGGACGAGACAGGAGAAUUUGUGACCAAAUUGCGCAGUCUGCUCGUGAGCAUUGAACAGCUGCCAAUGCCUGUAAUCGCAGCCCUGGACGGAGCAGCAUUGGGUGGCGGCCUAGAAAUGGCUUUAGCCUGUGAUAUACGGACAGCAUCCUCGAAUGCCAAAAUGGGUCUAGUUGAGACUCGAUUGGCCAUUAUUCCCGGUGCCGGAGGCACUCAACGUUUGCCCCGCAUUCUCUCUCCCGCUUUGGCCAAAGAGUUGAUUUUUACAGCCCGCCUUUUGGAUGGUGCAGAGGCAAAGGAAUUGGGUCUAGUCAAUCAUGUGGUACAACAAAAUGAAACCAAAGAUGCUGCCUAUCAAAAGGCCAUCAAAUUGGCGGAAGAAAUUCUCCCUAAUGGCCCAGUGGGUGUGCGCAUGGCAAAACUGGCUAUUGACAAGGGAAUGCAAGUUGAUUUGAGCACGGGCUACUCCAUUGAGGAAGUUUGCUACUCUCAAGUUAUACCCACUAAGGAUCGUCUUGAGGGAUUGGCAGCUUUUGCAGAGAAGCGCAAACCGGUCUACAAGGGAGAAUAAUUACGAAUUAGACUAAAGACCGUACAUAUAUUUUAAGCCGAAAAGUGCAUUUAUUAAUUAUUUUGUUUUUGUUUAACCAAGAGACCAACCAUUAAAUUGUUUUUAUCAACUGCCUAACAACUUUAGUUGUAUAUAUGUAUAUUAUCUAUUUUAUUUUGCUUUUCAUUUACCAGCAUGUAAAAUUCGCUUUUAUAAUGCGCCGCAAUCAUACAACUUAUUAAUUAUUUGUUAUGCAUAUAUUAAAACAAAUUGAUUUUAUUUACAGAUGUUUUAAUCUAAAUGAAAGUUCGAAUACUUAAGGUAAAGAUAUAAAUGUUUGUUGAUAAAU